AUGACCACCACCGGUGAAUUCCGCUACCUCGACCCGGCCAGCAUCGCCCCCGGCACCAAGCCCUGGACCAAAGUCGACGGCGGCGGCACCUCCUUCACCCUAACCCCGCGCGACCGCACUGUACACAACAUCCGUCCCCACCUCAACAACCCAUCUACAACCACCCACCACGGCAACUUCGGCACAGACAUCGACGUAGCCGGUUUCGCCGUCUACCACGCCCCCGCGCAAGAAAAGGACUUCACCUCCGAAGACGCCGUCCGCACAGGCUACUACGCCGAAGUCGAAGCCCUCCUCCGCGCCAAACUGCCCGGCCGCGUCGCCCGCGUCGAAAUCUUCGACCACACUAUCCGCAAACACGACCCUACCUCCCCGCGCCAACCGGUGCGCCAAGUCCACGUCGACCAGACCCCCCGUGCCGCUGAGGUGCGCGUGCGCCGACAUGUGACAGACCUCGCGGAGCCGGAGUUGUCUGCGUUGCUGAAGCGCCGGUUUCAGUUGAUUAAUGUGUGGCGGCCGAUUGGGCAUGCGGCGACGGAUUUCCCGUUGGCGGUUGUGGAUUGGCGGACGACGACGCCUGCGGAGUUGGUGCCGGUGGAUUUGUUGUAUCCGUUGCGGAACCGGGAGGAUGGGAGUAAUGAUGAUCGGGGCAAGGAGCAGUUGCCGGAUCCGAACCAUGUGGGGUCGAAGAGCACGGAGGGGUAUGAGGUGAAGGGGGAGACGUAUGGGGUGUUGCCGAAGGAGGGUGACGAUGGAGAGAGGGAGGGGGGUCAUAAGUUUUGGUAUGUGAAGGAUAUGACGCCGGAUGAGGCGAUGUUUAUCAAGUGCUUUGAUAGCUGGGGUGAGGGCAAGGAAGGGGGAAAGAAGGGGAUCGCGGCGUUGACGCCGCACACGGCGUUUAUUGACCCGGACACGCCGGAGGGUGUGAAGGGGAGGCACAGUAUUGAGGUGCGGUGCUUGGUGUUUUAUGAUGAAUAG